AUGUCAAAUGCCCCCGAACCUCAAGUCUCCACGAACAAGCGUCGCAGGGUCGAUGGCUCAAUCGGGGGUGCUAACGUACGUCUGUGUUCCCAUUGCGGCCGAACGUUCAAGCGAACCGAGCAUUUGUCGCGACAUGUGCGAACUCAUACCAAGGAAAAGCCUUUCUCAUGCAACUGUGGUGCUUCGUUCGGACGUCGAGAUCUACUCACGAGACAUCAGAGAGUGAGUGGACAUGACCCGUCCCACGCUCCGCACGACACUUCGGCUGCCAUCAACACUGUUCAGCAAGCGCAGAGUGAGGGCAGUCAUUCUAACGACUCCAACACUAUUGUUGUUGAGUCGCUCAAUCCGAGAGAUGCCUCAAGGAAGCUUUCGCAACCUCAUACAGCAACACCAAUCGAUCAAGCUGCGUUUGUGUCAAACGACGACCAGUCACAGAACCUGGCACAACCCAGAUAUUACAGUGCUGCAACAAUCCCGACCCCCUUACCAGGUAUCAACGAUAUAAUGGACCCCUGCGAUCCUGUCUCGUCGUUGGACUUGUCAGGUAUUGAUCCCGACAUUCCUUUUCGCGAUUUUGCCAGCUUUCUCGAUGGCGUCGGGUUGUGCGUAGACUGGAGUCCAAUCCUCGAGAGACUCGAAGAACCUGCUACCAUCAAGGAGAUUGCUCGGCCUACGUCUUCGAAUAUCGAUGUGCGGGCGAGAGCGGGGUCACCGUUUAGUUCGUGGCUCCCAUCUGCCCCUACCAAGGACAGAACGACAGACGGCGUGUGUAACAUAUCGAAUCCUCGCGUGAUUGAUUCUGAAGCCAGACGUUUUGACGUGACCGAAGAGCAACGCAUCAGACUUGAACACGCCAUUGGCUUGUCGCUGCACAUCGUUGAUCCAACGUUCCGAUUACCAUCUCGCCAUUCGCUCACCAGAUAUAUCAAAUCUUUCUUUGGUGGCUUCCACUUGCAUAUGCCGUUCAUACAUGUACCGACCUGGCGUCUGGAUGACCAUCCUAUCGAAGUGAUACUCGGCAUCGCUGCUAUAGGUGCGCAAUACUGUUUUGAGAAGCGAGCGGCAGAACAAUUAUUCUUUGCUGGGAAGGCUCUUGUCAUGAAAGUCGCAGGAGCAUCCGGAACGCAUGAUGCUCAGCCCUUGUUGUUGGACCCGGCUGGAGGAAAUGAUCAGCAGACUUACGGCAUCCCAACCGUGCCUUCGUCCAUUGAGACUAUCAGGGCUUUGCUGACACUGAUGGGAUAUGCAACAUGGGACCCGAAACCAAAAAUGGUGCACCAAGCUUUCGCUGUCCGCGAAUUGCUUACCCAGUUUCUCAGAAGCGAGGGCUUGCAAGAACUUGGGGUCACACAUCCGAUAACAUCAACAGAAGGCGAAUGGCGCUCCUGGAUCGUUCAAGAAUCUUCUCGGCGCACGAAGAUGGUCGCUUUCUCAUUCCUCCACACGCACAGUAUCGCCUAUGACGUAUACCCACCUCUCCGGAGCAACGAAGUGGGACUUCGUCUACCUUGCUCGACUCUAGAAUGGAACGCUCCUUCAGCCGUGUUGUGGGAUGUCGCAAGAAAGUCGAUAUCGAAACCACAACUGUACUUCAAAGAAGCUCUGUCAUUUCUGCUAGACCACAAGAGUGAGCCCGCGAGACUUGAUCCGAUUCCCACACCUCUGGGAAACUAUGUCUUAUUACACGGAUUGAUACAGAGAAUACACAUUGUCAGAGAUUUGAGUCUGCCAGUCAUGAGCGAUAUGGCAGCUCUCCCGCCCGAGGAAGUUGAGAAGCUUGAACGCGGUCUUCGGUGCUGGACAUCUGGUUGGCAACAAGCGCCAGAAUCUUCGCUCGACCCAAACAAUGAGAAUGGUCCGAUACCUUUCACAUCCAGUUCUCUGCUCGCCCUGGCCUACGCCCGUAUCUAUCUGAACCUCGGGCCAUACCGUCAACUUCACACGCGAGACCCGCAGCGUAUCGCCAGAGCUCUAGCAGGGUGUCCAGAGAUUGACCGCAGCGAAGGUGUAAUUGCAGCGCUGCUCUAUGCUACACACAUGCUUGGCAUACCCGUCAGACUCGGCGUUGAUCGAGUCGCAAAGAGUCAAGCGUUUUUCUGGAGUGUCAGGCACUCAUUGGCCAGUCUGGAUUGUGCUAUACUUCUGAGUAAAUGGCUGCUCAACCUGACGCGUACUGCAACGACAAAUCCGCUUAAUGAUAGCGAAGAACGAAUCUGGUACUGGGUCAAGUGCAUUGUUGAAGAAGCAUAUGCAGUUGUUGACUUUGACGAAGAUAAACCGGAAGUCCUGGAUACUUCCAGCUCUGCUGGUCUGGCUCUUGCCGUGCUGAAGAUCUGGGCGCACUUCUUCGAGAGCAAUUCGCAAUGGCCAUUCAUAAACAUCAUCGGUCAAGGACUGGCUAUUUAUCGUGCCAUGUUGGUCCAGGCGAAUGUUUGA